CCUCGCCUCACAGACAGCCAGUAGGUCGGACUCGCGCGUGACGCCUCACUCCCCUUCCUCCACCCGCAGCAGCAAGGUGAGGGGAGCACGCUGCUCGACGCUCCCUCCUGACGGUGCAAUGUUCCAAUCUCGGGACCGAUUGCGCUCGACCGCUUCGUACCGCUAAGAGGUAGAGAGUGCGUUAGAGAAAGAGUCCAAACUAGUAAUGGGGAAACAACAAUUGUACGCAAUUUAGGCGUUGAAAUGAGCGCCAGUUGAAAAGUGUGAUCCACGAGGACCUGGACGCUCCUUCUCCCGCGUGUUGCGCCUGAUGAUGAUGCGGGCCUCAGGCAUCUGGUGGGGAUUUAGUGGGGCGGCCCAUGGUAUUCCCGGAUUAUGACCUUUUGUGCGGAAUAUUGAACUCCCUCCAGCCCAAAAACCUGUGUGUGAGAUAGCGCGUGAACCUCAACCAUACAGAGGCAUCCGCCUCACUCUCCCGCGUCGUGGCAGCAAGAAGGGAGCGGGAGGUGCAUGUGUGUGAGAGGCGGCAGUGGUGGCGGCGGCGGUACUAGUGACGGUGACGACGGUGGUAGUGGCGGUAGCGAAAGCGACGGUGAAAGUGUUUGUGGUGGUUGUAGUGGUGGUAAGGGUGGUGACCUGCGUCUCACGUACACUAGUAUCCUCGAACUCGCAAGUAAGGUCGAGCAGCAUAUCCUGGCGCCUCUCCCCUAGUGGCCCAACAUGCUACUCGUCCUGCUAUCCUCGUGGUCCCUGUUGUGUCUGCCGCCUCCUUCUGCUACUAGUUCUGCUGCUGCUGCUGCUGCUGCUGUUGCCUUUAGAUUAGUCUUCUUAGACGCCGGUGUGUGAGACAGAGGAACACGCCCUCCCGCAGUCUCCGCCCAUGACUCACUCCAUCUUCCUUCAGGCCUGCGUCGAUUCCUUCCAGCACGUCAAUCUUUCGGCUCAUGAGCGCUGGUGCAACGCCACUUAUGACAUGGUGCUGUGUUGGCCCCCCACCCCUGCCGGGGAGAGUGCACAAUUGCCAUGCCCCCCGGUCAAGGGCGUCGAUCCCUCCCAGAUGGUGUACAAGCGGUGUGACAUCUCUGGAAGGUGGGCCGGCAAGACGGACGGGGACUUCACUCGCCCCCAGGGCUACACCAACUACAUCGUCUGCUUCACCAAACCCAUACAGGAGGUCCUCAGAAAGCUGUACAAUGACUCAGCGGAGGAUGCACAGACCAAGCUCAACAUCGCCUUGGGGACCCGCAUCAUGGAAAUAAUCGGCCUGAGUCUUUCGCUGGCUUCCCUCUGCAUCUCCCUCGCCAUCUUCUUCUACUUCAGGAGCCUCAAGAACAACCGGACGAGGAUUCACCGCAACCUGUUCGUGGCGAUGGUGAUCCAGGUGAUGAUCCGUCUGGUGCUGUACAUCGACCAAGCCAUCAUCAGAGGCCACAUCGUAGGUUACUCCGCCACCAACACCAACACCUCGCGGCAAGGUAUCGACAACACGCCCAUGCUCUGCGAGGCCUCCUAUGUGCUGCUGGAGUACGCCCGCACCGCAAUGUUUAUGUGGAUGUUCAUCGAGGGACUCUACCUCCACAACAAGAUUACAGUGACGGUGUUCCAGCACAAGUUUUACUACAGCGUGUACCAUGCAGUGGGGUGGGGCGUUCCCGUGCUCAUGACCGCCGCCUGGGCCACGGCCACUGCCAUGCACUACGGGAGUUCAAGGUGUUGGUGGGGAUACAACUUUACUUCUUACUUCUGGAUUUUGGAGGGUCCGCGAUUCUCCGUCAUAUCGCUGAACAUGGUGUUUCUGCUCAACAUCAUCCGAGUCCUGGUGACCAAACUACGACAGAGUAACUCCAGCGAGGCCCUCCAAGUCAGGAAGGCAGUGAAGGCGGCAAUCGUGCUUCUGCCGCUCCUGGGCAUCACCAACGUGCUCAAUAUGAUCGUGGCGCCAUUGGGCAGAUCGGCGGCAGAAUUCGGUUUAUGGUCUUACGCAACGCACUUCCUCACCUCCUUCCAGGGUUUCUUCAUCGCCCUCCUCUACUGCUUCUUGAACGGCGAGGUAAGGACAGCGGUGAGGAAAUACGUGGACAACUACCUACUCCACCGCAGUGCCGGAGUGCGUCGCGGCUCUGGCCUGUCUUCAGUGUUCCUUACCACCGUGACAGACUUGCCCAGGGACCACCACGGGCGAGCUAGACACUUGUGUUCCUGUCUCCGAGGCAGCCAGAGCCCCACGCAUGGCAGGCCGUACUUAUGACAGUUGGGGAGGCUGCCAGGUUGCCCCAAACGGGGAGGAAGGGGACCUGGUACGCACCACCACCACUCGCGAAGAAAGCGGUCCAACGACCAGUCAACAUACAGCACAGGGCGGCG